AUGGCAACCAUCAAGCCCAUCGAGGCGCGUUCAGUACAUCAAAUCCAAUCUGGGCAAGUCAUCGUCGAUCUUUGCUCCGUUGUCAAAGAGCUCGUCGAAAACAGCCUCGACGCGGGUGCCACGAGUGUGGAAGUUCGUUUCAAGAAUAACGGACUCGAUUCUAUUGAAGUACAGGAUAAUGGAAGUGGGAUCUCCCCUUCCAAUUACGAGAGCCUAGCUCUCAAACACCACACAUCUAAGCUAGCAAAGUAUGACGAUCUUUCCUCGCUGCAAACGUUUGGGUUCAGAGGCGAAGCACUGUCCUCGCUUUGCGCCUUGUCGACGUUCUGUGUUAUUACUGCACUGGCGGAGGAAGCUCCCAAAGGGAAGAAGCUGGACUUCGACUCGUCUGGAAGGUUGCAGGGUACAUCAGUCGUCGCAGCUCAAAAGGGCACAACGGCAGUGGUUGAGGGCCUUUUCGAACAGCUGCCUGUUCGAAGGAAAGAACUCACGAAGAACAUCAAGAAGGAGUAUGGGAAGGUUCUGGGCCUGCUACAUGCUUAUGCGUGUAUCUGUACCAAUGUGAAGUUCACAGUUAAGAGCGCCAUGCCAAAGGGGAAGAACGCUACUGUUUUUGCAACCAAAGGGAACCCAACAACAAGGGAGAAUAUAGCGAACGUCUAUGGCGCCAAAACGCUAUCAGCUUUGGUAUCCCUGGAUUUGCAGCUAGAUUUUCAACGCACUACAAUUCAGAACAAAGACGCAGAUGAUUCUCACCAUAAGAUCCUCGUUAGGGGCCAUAUCUCCCGUCCGGUCUUUGGGGAAGGCAGACAAACUCCUGAUCGACAGAUGUUCUUUGUCAACGGGAGACCUUGUGGCUUACCGCAGAUUGCGAAAGCUUUUAACGAAGUUUACAAGUCGUUCAACGUUUCGCAGUCACCGUUCAUCUUUGCUGAUUUAGAAAUGGAUACAAAUGCGUAUGACGUGAACGUAUCUCCGGAUAAACGCACCAUCAUGUUGCACGAUUCAGCUGCCCUUGUAGAGACGUUGAAGUCUUCCCUGACAGAGCUCUUUGAUCAGCAAGAACAGACCGUGCCACAGUCUCAAUUCCAGACUUCUCAUAUGCCAGCUUACAGGCAGCUGACAAUCGCGCGCGAGUCCACUAUGGAUUCUACUGAGAGCAAUCGUACUAAUACAGCAUCACCACCCACGAUGGGAUCACCAUCUCAAGAGGAGGAUGGCAAGCAACCGAGCUUUCUGCAUGAUUUCUUUCGAAAUCAGGCAAGCACGAGAGAGGAGCCGAAGGUAAAUAUUUCGGAUGCUGCACGGUCGAGUAGCAAGAAGAAGCUUCUCAAAGCUGGGGAAGAAGAGCCAAAUGACGGUCGUAGGCUGGGCCAAGAUGAAGACAUGGUAGAGUCACAAAAUCAGGAUACAUGUUCGGGUCAUGAGCUUGUGGAGCAUGUUAACGACAUCCGAGUCCGGGACUUCAACCAGCGUCUUACCGAGCAACAAGCAAGAGCCGCAGACCAGCAGCCGGCUCCCGUCGCGGCAACAGAGCAGGAUAACACGCUAUUAUCGCCUCCGGUGGUGCCACCUCCACGAUCUAAUGCCGUUCAAAACGCUUUCGAUCGAAUAAGGCAUCCUCGACCAGCGGCGGAGGUGGCUACAAUUACCAUAGGCGAGAAGACGAUUACUACCAUGGUUGGCACUCAGUCACACAAACCCAUCUCGACAAGGACUGAAAUAGGGGCGAAGAUCCUCAAGAGCAGGCACGCUGCUCCUGCAUCAACUCAGGCCUUCACUCAACGACUAAAAGGAUUCGCAGCCCCCGGGCUUUCAAAUGCACUAGGGGAUGCCGAAAAUAGUAAAGAGGCGGAUGCGCGGGAUCAGAAGCGGAAUAUGACAUCGAAUAUCGAUAAUGAGUCACAUUUAGAAGAGAAUUCUGUGAGCGUUUCUGCAGAAGACGAUGAUGAUAGCGAAAUUGAAGUUGAUGACGAUGUCGAAAGCGAAGACAAUGCUCGUAUUAGUGAGGAGGAAUCAGUCGUAUCUCCGCAGAGUGACACAAAUGGAGAAUAUAUAGAUGAAACAGACAAGAGGGCGCAAGAUGACGCCACAGUAGCGGAGCUUAUACGUGCGGCCGAGGAGAAAGCGGCAUCGCUCAAUAUGAACAAUUUCAGGGGAGGAAAUAAAGCUCUGAAGAGCAGAUUCCGCAAGGACUCGACGACAGAGCUUCAAGUCAGAACUGCAACGACUGUCAGGCAAGCCCAGGAGUUGACAAAGCGCUGGGAGCUGACUGUCAAAGACAUCGCAGGAAAUGGGAUCAUGCUGGAGAGCGAAGAUACUGCCGAUGAUGGAGGGAACGAAGAGGACCGUCUGGCUCUUACCGUCUCGAAAACUGAUUUUUCGAACAUGCAUAUUGUCGGUCAGUUCAACUUAGGCUUCAUUCUCGCUGUGAGAACUCCAGCGGACGCCGAUGAGAGUGAAUCUAAACCUCGAAAGGCCGACGAGCUGUUCAUCGUGGAUCAACACGCCUCAGACGAAAAGUAUAACUUUGAAAGAUUGCAGCAGGAGACGGUGGUGGGCAAUCAGAGGCUCGUUCGCCCCAAGCAGCUUGACCUGACUGCCGUGGAAGAAGAGAUCUUGAUUGAAAACUCGUUGGCAUUGCAGAAGAACGGAUUUCUUGUUAGCAUCGAUACCACCGAGAACGAGCCCAUCGGGCAAAGAUGUAAACUAGUCAGCCUUCCUUUAAGCAAGGAGGUGACAUUUGGACUUGAGGAUCUGGAGGAACUGCUACAUCUUCUUACAGAGUCCCCAGGACUCACGCAAACAUCAAUAGUUCCUCGACCCAGCAAAGUCCGAAAGAUGUUUGCCAUGCGAGCAUGUCGAUCCAGUAUCAUGAUUGGCAGACCACUGUCGGAGACAAAGAUGAGGACAGUCGUCUCUCACAUGGCCGAUCAUCAUGGCUCCAGCAGCGAAAAGAAAACAGUCUACAAUCCCAGAAGGUCUGACAUUGUCUUCGUGUCAUGUUUUCUGGCUACGAGCGCUCACCUAUAUGGCAUGACAGGGUACCGGGAGGACAAAUCUAAGGGCAUAAUGCUCCGGUUCGAGGACUCUCUACCACGUUUACCAGUGCCCACCCUCGAAGAGACUGCAGAACGCUAUUUGAAAUCCGUACAUCCUCUCCUACAGUCAGACGAAUAUUUGAGGACUGAGGCCGCUGUCAAAAAAUUCCUGGAGCCGAACUCGCAUGCCCAAACACUGCAAAAACGAUUAGUGGCGCGCCGAGACGAUCCAAAGCACAAGAACUGGUUAUAUGAGUGGUGGAACGAAGCCGCAUAUCUUGCUUACAGAGACCCCAUUGUCCCCUAUGUCUCGUACUUCUAUUCCUUCCGGGAUGAUAGGAGGCGGAGAAACCCAGCAAAGAGAGCUGCUGCCAUCACCACUGCCGCAUUGGAAUUUCAACGCCAGGUGGAAGAAGGCAGCUUAGAGCCCGAGUAUAUGCGGAAGCAACCAAUGUCCAUGUCCAGCUAUCAGUAUAUGUUCAACUGCUCACGGGUGGCUGCUGAGAAAGCGGACUAUCCAGUCAAAUUUGACUGGAAAAAUAACCAACACAUUGUUGUUAUUCGAAAGAAUCAGUUCUUUAAAGUGCCUACACAUGUUGAUGGACAACAGCUGACCACCUCUGAGCUCGAACUCCAGUUUAGCAAUAUCUACAAGAAGGCGGCAAGAUCGCCCGCAAUUGGUGCCCUCACUUCCCUCCCCCGAGAUGCUGGGGCAUCCGCAAGGGUGAAUCUCCUUAACGCCUCCCCAGCAAAUGCUGCCGCUCUUGAGGCAAUAGAGUCAUCGAGCUUUAUUGUUUGCCUGGAUGACGCUGCUCCCAUAACACUGGAGGAGCGGGCUCAUGCUUACUGGCAUGGAGAUGGUACAAACCGAUGGUUUGACAAGCCUUGCGAGUUUAUCAUCAAUGAUAAUGGCACCGCCGGGUUUACUGGCGAACAUUCCAUGAUGGAUGGGACACCAACUCACAGACUUUGCGAUACCAUCAAUGCUCUCAUCUUCAGCGAAAGGCUUGACUUUGGAAACCCUUCCGUCCGAUCUAAUCUCGCUGAACCAUCAGCUCUUCGUUUUGAGAUUAGUUCGCAGGUUCAAGAUGACAUUGCAAAUGCACACAAGCUUUUUCAAGAGGUGAUUGCACAACAUGAGCUAAGAGUUCAGGCUUAUCAAGGAUAUGGCAAAGGCCUGAUCAAGAAGUUCAAAUGCAGCCCUGAUGCGUAUGUCCAGAUGAUUAUUCAGCUGGCGUAUCAUAAGAUGUAUGGCAAGAAUCGGCCGACUUACGAAACUGCAGCGACCCGCAAGUUUCAACAGGGUCGGACUGAAACGUGCCGGACAGUCUCAGAUGAGUCCGUUGCAUUCUGCAAUGCGAUGGCAGACCCUGAAGUUGGGCGCGCCGAAUGCGAAAAGCUUUUCAGAGCUGCGGUGAACGCGCAUAUCAGAUAUAUUGCUCAUGCGAGCGACGGGCGUGGUGUAGACAGACACCUCUUCGGAUUGAAGAAGCUGAUCGGGGAAGGAGAGGAAACCCCAGAGCUAUUCACAGAUCCAGCGUACACAUACAGCAGUACGUGGUACAUCAGUAGUAGUCAACUCAGCAGUGAAUUCUUCAACGGUUAUGGCUGGAGUCAAGUCAUUGACCAGGGUUGGGGUAUUGCAUAUAUGAUAAAUGAGAACAGCAUCCAAUUUAAUAUCGUCUGCAAGCAUCUCGGCGCUGAAAGGAUGAGCUUCUAUCUCAACGAAGCUGCUGGCGAUAUCAGAGACAUGUUGAUGCCGAGCUUGGAGGCACCAAAAGCCAAGCUUUAA